CCCCACCCACCGAAAACAAUCACAGAAAAACUCGAAAAAGCUCCAGGCUCCAUCUCGAGAGCGACGCUCGUCUACGCCACCAUGGCACGCGCCGCCGCGGCCAUCCUGCCGCCGCUGCUGCUGCUGCUCCUCGCAGUGGCGGGCGGCGCCUCGGCCGACAUGUCGAUCAUCGCCUACAACGCGGAGCACGGCGCGCGGGGGCUGGAGCGGACGGAGGCGGAGGCCCGGGCCGUCUACGACCUCUGGCUGGCCGAGCACGGCGGGGGCUCCUCCCCCAACGCCAACUCCAUCGCCGACCGCGAGCGCCGGUUCAGCGCCUUCUGGGACAACCUCCGCUUCGUCGACGCCCACAACGCGCGCGCCGCGGCGGGCGAGGAGGGAUUCCGCCUGGCCAUGAACCGCUUCGCCGAUCUCACCAACGACGAGUUCCGCGCCGCAUACCUCGGGGUCAAGGGCGCCGCCGAGAGGAACAGGGCCGGCCGCGUCGUCGGCGAGCGGUACCGCCACGAUGGGGCCGAGGAGCUGCCGGAGGCCGUCGACUGGAGGGAGAAGGGCGCCGUCGCCCCCGUCAAGAACCAGGGCCAGUGCGGAAGUUGCUGGGCUUUUUCCGCAGUCAGCACAGUAGAAAGCAUCAACCAGAUUGUCACUGGCGAGAUGGUUACAUUAUCCGAGCAGGAGCUUGUGGAGUGUGACAUCAAUGGGCAGAGCAGUGGCUGCAAUGGGGGUCUUAUGGAUGAUGCCUUUGAGUUCAUCAUAAAGAACGGUGGCAUUGAUACUGAAGAUGACUACCCUUACAAAGCCGUGGACGGCAGAUGUGAUGUCCUCAGGAAAAACGCGAAGGUGGUGAGCAUUGAUGGCUUUGAAGAUGUCCCUGAAAAUGACGAGAAAUCGCUGCAGAAGGCGGUUGCUCACCACCCCGUGAGUGUUGCCAUUGAAGCUGGAGGCCGGGAGUUCCAGCUCUACCAUUCCGGUGUCUUCAGUGGAAGGUGUGGCACACAACUCGACCAUGGUGUGGUUGCUGUUGGCUAUGGCACUGAGAACGGCAAGGACUACUGGAUUGUCCGCAACUCAUGGGGUCCAAACUGGGGAGAGGCUGGGUACCUCCGCAUGGAGCGCAACAUCAACGUGACCAGUGGGAAGUGCGGGAUAGCCAUGAUGUCAUCGUACCCCACCAAGAAGGGUGCUAACCCACCCAAGCCAGCCCCGACACCUCCCUCGCCGCCGACGCCGCCUCCUCCAGUCGCCCCUGACCACGUCUGCGACGAGAACUUCUCAUGCCCUGCAGGCAGCACCUGCUGCUGCUCGUUCGGCUUCAGGAACCUUUGCCUGGUGUGGGGCUGCUGCCCAGCGGAAGGUGCCACCUGCUGCAAGGAUCAUUCCAGCUGCUGCCCACCGGACUACCCCGUCUGCAACAUCAGGGCUGGGACUUGCUCAGCGGUAAUUAAUUCUGCUUUCUUGUUUAUUUUUGCUGCAGCAUUAUCUCUUCCAAGUGUUCAGCCCAUGCAAGUUAGGUGGUUCUGAAAAAUGCACGCCAUGCGCAUGAUCAAACUAACUUGUUUCCUUUGGAAAUGAUUGAGCAGACCAAGAACAGCCCGCUGAGCGUGAAGGCUUUGAAGCGCACCCUGGCGAUGCGAAACACGGCAUGAAGUCGUCGAGGGAAAGCGGUGUCUAAGGUGGAAUAGAAGGAUGCGGCUGUGUGGAGCUUUUCUCCCUCCUGCACACCAACAAACCUUUGUUCAAAAUUUAAACCAGACAUUGCUUUUGUGUAGAAGAAUUGUUGCUUAGUACGAUUCUAGCAGUACUGCUCGCUUUAUAUAUCCCUACUACUACAUGUAUUCAUUGUACAUAGCUCGCUCCCAUUUGUACUGGUACUAUCUUAAAAAUAUUCGGAAGAAAAAAAAGGCUAAUUGGUAAUCA